AUGAAUCUCCAGCUACUUGUGCUUGUCCUAAUCCUCUGGACAGAAACACUGGCCUAUCAGAGCCCAGGACCAGGCCCUGAGUAUGCAGAUGUGGUGUUUCUGGUGGACAGCUCUGACUCCCUGGGGAGUAAGUCCUUCCCAUUUGUGAGAACUUUUCUCAGCAAGAUGAUCAACAGCCUCCCCAUAGAGGCCAACAAGUACCGGGUGGCGUUGGCCCAGUACAGUGAUUCUCUCCACACUGAGUUCCAGCUUGGCACCUUCAAGAGCAGGAACCCCAUGCUGAACCACCUGAAGAAGAACUUUGGGUUCAUCGGUGGGUCCCUGAAGAUAGGGAACGCCCUGCAGGAGGCUCACAGGGCCUAUUUCUCUGCUCCCACAAACGGAAGAGACAAGAAACAGUUCCCCCCAAUCCUGGUGGUGCUGGCUUCAGCUGAGUCUGAGGACGAUGUGGAAGAGGCUUCGAAGGCCCUGCAGGAGGAUGGGGUGAAAAUCAUCUCUGUGGGGGUGCAGAAGGCUUCUGAGGAAAACCUGAAGGCCAUGGCCACAUCCCAGUUCCAUUUCAACCUCAGGACUGUCAGAGACCUCAGUGUGUUUGCCCCAAACAUGACCGAGAUCAUCAAGGACGUAACUAAGUACAGGGAAGGAACAAUUGUGGCUCCUAUCACACCGGUGGCCCCAAUCACACCUGUUGCCCCAAUCACACCUGUGGCUCCAAUCACAGCUGUAGCCCCCACCACAUCUGCAGCCAAUGCUGAUAAGACAGUUCCCCUUCCCAUAUCCUGUCAGAAAGACUCCCUUGCUGACAUUAUAUUCUUGGUGGAUGAGUCAGUUGGGACCACACAAAAUCUGAGGAACCUGAAGAACUUCCUGGAGAAUGUCACCAGCUCUGUGGAUGUGAAGGACAAUUGCAUGCGACUUGGACUGAUGAGCUACAGUGACAGGGCUCAGACUAUUUCUUCUCUGAUGUCAAGCACCAACCAGUCAGAAUUCCAUCAGCAAAUCCAGAAGCUCUCCCUCCGGACUGGGGGGUCUAACCUCGGGGCGGCCAUUGAGCAGAUGAAAAAAGAAGGUUUCUCAGAGUCCAGCGGCAGCAGAAAGGCACAGGGGGUCCCUCAGAUUGCUGUGCUGGUCACCCACAGACCAUCCGAUGACGCGGUGCGGGAUGUCGCGAUGGACCUUCGCUUGGAGGGGGUAACCAUGUUUGCGAUGGGCAUCCAAGGGGCCAACAGCACACAGUUAGAAGACAUAGUGUCUUAUCCUGCCGGGCAGAGCAUUUCCACACACAGCUCCUACGAACACUUGGAAUUAUACAGCGAGAACUUCCUGAAGAAGAUCCACAAUGAAAUCUGGGCCCAAGUCUCUACUCACGCAGAACACGUGGAGCUAGAUAAAACCGGCUGUGUGGAUACAAAGGAGGCUGAUAUCUACUUCCUCAUUGAUGGCUCAGGCAGCAUAAACAAGAAACAAUUUGAGCAAAUCCGGAUAUUUAUGUCAUCUGUGAUAGACAUGUUCCCCAUCGGUCCUGACAAAGUCCGAGUUGGAGUCGUGCAAUAUUCAAAUAUGAAUCAAGUGGAAUUUCCCAUUUCUCUCUACAUGGAUGGCAGUGACUUGAAGAAGGCUGUUUUUAACAUCAAGCAGCUCAAAGGUGGUACAUUCACUGGCAAAGCCCUGGAUUUCAUCCUGCCAAUAAUAAAGACGGGAAAGUCAGAGAGGACAGAUGGCGUCCCCUGUUACCUCAUUGUCCUGACUGACGGGAAGUCAGAAGACCUCGUUCUCGAACCUGCCAACAGACUGAGGGCUGAACACGUCUCCAUCCAUGCAGUGGGGAUUGGUGAGGCGAAUAAGACACAGCUGCAGCAGAUUGCUGGGGAAGCAGAAAGGGUUAACUUCGGGCAGAAUUUUGAUUCUCUGAAGAGCAUAAAAAAUGAAAUUGUUCGCAGCAUCUGCUCCGACAAAGGAUGUGAAGACAUGAAGGUGGACAUCAUGUUUUUGGUGGACAGUUCUGGAAGCAUAGGGCCUACAAAUUUUGAGACAAUGAAAACGUUCAUGAAAAGUCUGGUAGGGAAGAUGCAAAUUGGUGCCCACAGAACCCAAGUUGGUCUUGUUCAGUUCAGUGAUUACAAUAAGGAAGAAUUCCAGCUUAACAGACACUCCACACGCGAAGAAAUUUAUGCCCAGAUAGACGGGAUGGCUCCCAUCAACAGAAACACUCUUACCGGAAGUGCACUAACCUUUGUGAACCAAUACUUUGACCCUGCCAAGGGGGGCCGCCCCCAGGUCAAAAAGUUUCUCAUCCUCCUCACCGACGGAAAAGCCCAGGAUGAAGUGGGGGGCCCUGCCAGGGCUCUCAGGAACAAAGGUGUGACCAUCUUCUCCGUGGGUGUGUAUGGGGCCAAUAGGGCUGAGCUGGAGGAGAUCAGUGGGGACAGCAGCCUAGUUUUCCACGUUGAGAACUUCGAUCAUCUGAAGGCCAUAGAGAGUAAACUCAUCUUCCGUGUGUGUGCUCUACAUGAUUGCAAGAGGAUCGAACUCUUAGACAUUGUGUUCGUGCUGGAUCAUUCAGGCAGCAUAAAUCCCCAACAGCAAGAAAGCAUGAUUAACCUCACCAUCCACUUGGUGAAGAAGGCAGACAUUGGCAGGGACCGAGUUCAGUUUGGAGCUCUCAAAUACUCCAACAACCCUGAGAUCCUUUUCUACCUUAACACGCACUCAAGCAGAUCGGCCAUCAUCGAUCACCUGAGGAGGCCCCGGGACACCGGAGGGGAGACCUACACCGCCAAGGCUCUCCAGCACUCCAACAUCCUGUUCACGGAAGAGCAUGGCAGCCGCCUGAAGCAAGACGUGAGGCAGCUGAUGAUUGUCAUCACAGACGGCGUGUCCCACGACCGCAAUAAGCUCAAUGACACAGCACGGGAACUGAGGGACAAAGGCAUCACCAUCUUUGCGGUCGGCGUGGGAGCCGCCAACCAAGACGAACUGGACACCAUGGCAGGGAAGAGAGAAAAUACUGUCCAUGUAGACAAUUUCGACAAACUGGGAGAUAUUUAUCAGUCCCUGCAAGAGACUCUGUGCAAUAAUUCACAAGAGACCUGUAACCUCCAGGAAGCUGACGUGAUUUUCCUUUGUGAUGGCUCUGACAUGGUGUCUGAUUCGGAGUUUGUUACCAUGACAACUUUCUUGUCAGACUUAAUUGAUAAUUUUGACAUUCAGUCUCAAAGAAUGAAAGUAGGGAUGGCUCAAUACGGGAGCCUGUAUCAGGAAAUUAUCGGGUUGGAAAGCUCUCCGAACAAGACUCAGUGGAAAUCUCAGAUCCAAACUAUGGCCAAGAGCAAAGGGUUUCCACGACUUGACUUUGCUCUAUUGCACGUGAAACACAUGUUUGAUCCAUCUGUCGGCGGGAGAAGAUACGCUGGUGUCCCUCAGACUUUGGUGAUCAUCACAUCUGCUGCUCCCCGCUACGAUGUGACAGACGCAGUGAAAGUCCUGAAAGACCUUGGCAUUUGUGUGCUGGCUUUGGGCAUAGGAGAUAUUUAUAAGGAACAACUUCUUCCUAUCACAGGAAAUUCGGAGAAAAUAAUUACUUUCCAAGACUUUAAUAAACUAAAGAAUGUGGAUGUGAAGAAGAGAAUGGUCCGUGAAAUCUGCCAGAGCUGUGGGAAAGCCAAUUGCUUUGUGGAUGUAGUGGUCGGGUUCGACAUUUCCACUCAUCGCGAGGGCCAGCCUUUGUUGCAGGACCAUCCCCACUUGGAAUCACACCUCCCAAGGAUCUUAGAGGCCAUCACCUCUAUCAGAGGGGUGAGCUGUGGGGCAGGUGCGGAGGCGCAGGUGAACCUGGCUUUUAAGGUGAACAAUGACCAAGAGUUCCCAGCCAAGUUCCAAACCUAUCAGAAAGCGCUGUUUGAUGAUCUGCUGCAAGUCACCGUCCGUGGGCCAACUCAUCUGAACGCACAGUUCUUGCAGUCGCUCUGGGACGUGUUUGAGGAGCGAUCAGCCUCCAGGGCCCAGGUAAUGCUUAUUUUCUCAGAUGGUCUCCAGGGCGAAAGCGUCACCACGCUGGAGCAGCAGUCGGACAGGCUCCGAGAAGCAGGACUUGAUGCUCUCUUGGUGGUGUCCCUUGACACAUUGGCUCCCGAUGAGUUUUCCAGCUUUGGAUUUGGACAAGGAUUCGACUACAGGACUCACCUGACCAUUGGAAUGAUGGACCUGGGCAAGAAGCUUUCCCAGUAUCUGGGAAACGUCGCAGAGAGGGCUUGUUGCUGUACGUUUUGUAAAUGUCCGGGGACUCCCGGACCUCAUGGAACCCGGGGACUCCAAGCCUCAAAGGGUUUUUCGGGUCUGAAAGGCAGCAGAGGACACAGAGGAGAGGAUGGAGAUCCUUCCAGGACUCAAGCCCAUGGAAUGGUACCAACCACAUUUAGGUCCCCCUCCCCAACCCCAAGAUUGCAUGAGGUUUCUGCAAGCAAGAACAGCCUUGCUGGUCAAGGGCUGAGUGCCGGGAAAGACUCAUCUUUUCUGUUGGAAGGUCAUGGAGGGGACCGUUCGGUUUACAUUCCAAACCAAAUGCUCGAGGCGCAUAAGUUGGUGAAUCACUAUGGAACUGAGCUGGGAUCUGCAGCGACAGCAAGUCUCACUUCCGAACCUGACGGCCAUGGCAGAAAAGAAGUGGGUCUUGCUGACGAGCCUGGGGAUGCUUCUGUUCAAGAAUAUUACAUGGAUGUGGCUUUCCUCAUAGAUGCUUCUCAAAGAGUAGGACAUGAUGAGUUUAAGGAAGUGAGAGAUUUUAUAACUUCAGUGCUGGAUUACUUUCACAUCACCCCAGCUCCGCUGACCUCUGUCUUAGGAGACAGAGUGGCUGUCCUGACCUACUCUCCUCCAGGCUAUCUGCCAAACGCUGAAGAAUGCCCAGCCUACCUGGAAUUCGAUUUGCUCACUUACAGCACUGUACAUCAAAUGAAACAUCAUCUCCAAGAGUCUCUUCAGCAGCUCAAUGGAGAUGUUUUUAUUGGGCAUGCCCUUCAGUGGACAAUUGACAAUGUCUUUGUAGGAACCCCCAACCUGAGGAAAAACAAAGUUAUCUUUAUAGUAACUGCUGGUGAAACUAACCCUUUAGACAAAGAAGUUUUAAAAAAUGCAUCUCUGAGAGCCAAGUGCCAAGGCUACUCCAUAUUUGUAUUUUCCUUUGGUCCUGUACACAAUGACAUGGAGUUAGAAGAAUUAGCAAGCCACCCCCUGGAUCAUCACUUAGUCCAGCUUGGCCGGACACACAAGCCAGAUUUGGAUUAUAUCAUCAAGUUUGUCAAGCCGUUUGUUUAUUCAGUCAGACGUGCCAUCAACAAAUAUCCCACCAGAGACCUGCAAGCCAAGUGUGCUAAUAUCACCUUUGCCCAACCAGAGGAUACUGGCACAGACGACAGCAUAUUCUUCAUCCCUGAGGUGUACAAAAUCGAGGCAGGAGACAGCGAGCUGUUUGGAGACUUGGGUUCUCAGGAGCAGCAUCUCUUCCUACUAGGGGACAAUCACGGCAACCAUUCAGGGACCACAGCUGACUUGAUCCAGAAGUUGUACACACUCUUCUCCUCUGGGGAACUGAUGGUGAAUGAUGAGGAAGAGCCAUCUUCAGAAGAAACUGUAGCUCCAGUGAAUGACAAACGAGAUGGCGAGGAUGCAAGAUGAAGGCACAGGAGAGCAGAGCGCCUGCUGGCAGAGGGACUCCCUGCCUUAGGCACAGGAGCUAGAACUAAAUAUAGGACUCGGUCCCAAAUCGGAAGGAGAGACUCUUCAGAAUGAAGACAUCAAGGAACAGGCCUGUGAAACGAGGAAUGGGUUUCACCUCUCAGGAGGAACGGGGACACCAAGCAAGCACAGGCAACAGUCUCCCCAGGGGCCACUCUGUUCACUUACUCUGAUCAGUUUGGAUGAUUAGCUGCCGAAAGAAGAUUUUCACCGUAGUCGUCAUCACAUCUGCACCUCCAAUUAGACCCUCGAGUAAAAACAAUUUGUAACUCGAAUGUCCUGGGAUUGUCUUUUGUCCAUUAAUACAACUGUAAACUCAGUGCUUUGGUUCUGGUAGGACCCUGAGAUUACAUCCAGCAUUAUUUACCUGUAGUCAGUGGGUUUGCUUUACCAGGACAUUUAUAAAGUAACAAAUUCAUAACUAACAAGAUGGGAGGAGAAGCCUGCUUUAUGAACUGCGCGCUCGCUUUGGGAACACUUGCUUUCUAUUUUGAUGUGCUUUUGCAUUAUGUGUACUUGAGUUUUGCUGAAAAAAAAAAUCGUGUCUACGUGUGAAUACGGAAACAGAGCUGAUUUUUAAGAAUUACAGUGUGUCAAAACAGUUUCCAAAACAGCAACAAUAAAC